AUGGAGGGAUUCUCAGCCCACCGUGUCUUCUUCUUCCUGGCAUUGUUGACGAUGGCGGGACUGGCAGCGCCCCCGGCGAGGGCAGGGGCUGCCCCGUACGCCUGCGACGCUUCCGACCCGGCGACGAGGAGCUACGGCUUCUGCAGGAGGACGCUUCCCAUAGAGAAGCGGGUGGAGGAUCUCGUCUCGCGGCUGACCCUGCCGGAGAAGAUCUCCCAGCUGGGGAACGCCGCCGCCGGCGUUACCCGUCUGGGCAUCCCCGCCUUCCAGUGGUGGUCGGAGUCACUCCACGGGGUCUCCAACGCCGGCCGAGGCAUCCGCUUCGAGGGUGCCCUCACCGCUGCCACCAGCUUCCCCCAGGUCAUCCUCACCGCCGCCACCUUCAACCCGCUCCUCUGGUACCGCAUUGGGCAGGUAAGUCUCACCCUAAUCUUCGUAAGAGAAACCAGAACCAGUUCUUUCUUGUCUGAUCUGCUCCCCAUUUAUGGAUCGUUGUGAACCAGGCGGUGGGGACGGAGGUUAGGGCGUUCUACAAUGCGGGCCAGGCGGAGGGGUUGGCGCUGUGGUCGCCGAAUAUAAACAUUUUCAGGGACCCGAGGUGGGGGAGGGGGCAGGAAACGCCAGGGGAGGACCCAUUGACGGCAGGAAAGUAUGCCGUCGCCUACGUGAGAGGGUUGCAGGGGGACUCCUUCCAUGGUGGGAGUCUGCGUGGGGAGCUCAAGGCCUCGGCCUGCUGCAAGCACCUCACCGCCUACGACUUGGACCACUGGAAGGGCUUCUCUCGCCUCUCCUUCGACGCCAAGGUGACUGUGCCGCCAUGCCCAGAGGCCGCUGGAUGAUCUCUCUCUCUCUCUCUCUCGCUCUGCUUCCCCCACCCCCUCGAUCGCCACUGUCCUGUUCUGAUCUGGGUUCUCUCACUCUCUCACUCACUUGCUCUCUCUCUCUCUCUCUUUGGCGGCGGCAGGUCUCGGCGCAGGACCUCGCAGACACUUACCAGCCUCCGUUCAGAAGCUGCGUCAUGGAGGGCCAAGCCAGUGGAAUAAUGUGCUCCUACAACCUCGUCAACGGCGUCCCCACCUGCGCCGACUACGACCUUCUGACAAGAACGGCGAGGGGAUCCUGGGGUUUCAAUGGGUAGGCGGCCGACGGAUCAAAAUUGGAAACGAAAUAUCUCCAAUCUGUCUCGUCAUCUUCUUAAAAACUUUUCCUUUUUGAUGAAUCAUUCUAACCUCUGCUACGUUAGUGGUUUCUCAGGUACAUCACCUCGGACUGCGACGCGGUUGCCGCCAUCUACGAGAACCACAGAUACGCCGGAAGCCCGCCGGAAGCAGUUGCAGACGCCCUCAGAGCCGGUGAGAUUUUCCUUCCUCCCUCCCUCCCUCCGUCCCACCGAGGUCUUUCCCUCCUUCCAUGGCGAUCUGAUGAGGAAAACUCGCAGGAAUGGACGUGAACUGCGGGGCCUACAUGCAGAAUUACACUGAAGAAGCCCUUCGGCUGGGAAAGAUCGUGGAAGGCGACAUAAACAGAGCCCUCCGCAACCUCUUCUCCGUCAGGAUGAGGCUCGGCCUGUUCAACGGAAACCCUAAAUCCCUCGCCUUCGGCAACCUUGGGCCUUCCCAGGUCUGUACACAGGAGCACCAGGACCUGGCCCUCGAAGCGGCCAGAGACGGCAUCGUCCUGCUGAAGAACGCCGACCACCUACUCCCACUGUCGAAAUCCAAGGUCGCCUCCAUCGCCAUCAUGGGGCCCAACUCCAACAACGCCUGGAGGAUGCUCGGCGACUACGCCGGCCCUCCCUGCACCUCCAUCACGCCGCUUCUGGCGCUGAAGAGCUACGUGAGCGAGACCCAUUACCUCCCCGGCUGCGAGUCCGCCGCCUGCCCGUCGGCCGCCAUUGACGAAGCCGUGAAGCUCGCCGGAGCGGUGGAUCAGGUCGUCCUCUUCAUGGGGCUGGACCAGGAGCAGGAAAGCGAGGAUCUGGAUAGAGUGGACCUCGUGCUCCCGGGCAUGCAGCGGAGCUUGAUCACCAGCGUGGCGAAAGCCGCGAGAAGGCCGGUGAUCUUGGUUCUGCUCUGCGGCGGCCCGGUGGACGUUUCGUUCGUGAAGACAGAUCCGACGGUCGGAGCCAUCAUCUGGGCGGGUUAUCCCGGCCAGGCCGGCGGCACCGCCAUCGCCGAGGUCCUCUUCGGAGAUCACAACCCAGGUAAUCAAUCCCUCCGAGGAAAUCGAAGCAUGUGGCGAGAAACUCGUUCGUGGGUCGUUUGAAUCAACAGUUUGCUGAGGAACUGUUCGUGCGCAGGGGGGAGGCUACCAGUCAGCUGGUACCCGCAGGAGUUCACGGUGGUGCCGAUGACGGACAUGAGAAUGCGGCCGGACCCGGCGACGGGCUACCCCGGCCGGACCUACCGAUUCUACACAGGCGAGGUGGUCUUCCCCUUCGGCUACGGCCUCAGCUACUCGUCUUACUCCUACAGGUUCGUGGCCGUCGCCGACCGCCUCCUCCCCUCCGACGAGGCCACCGCCGUCGGCGGCGGCGCGGAGGAGGAAGGGGCGUCGAGCGACGGCGAUGCCGUUGAUGUUGCAGAUAUGAGCUCCGAGUCCUGCGAGAGGCUCAAGUUCUCCGCCGUCGUCGGAGUCCGCAACACAGGGGAGACCGCCGGAAGGCACUCGGUGCUGCUGUUCGUUCGCCGCUCCAAGCCGCCGGCCGGCGGCGGGGGGAAGCAGCUGGUGGACUUCACCUCCGUGCGGCUGAGCGCCGGAGAAGACGCCAACCUCACGUUUGUUGUGAACCCCUGCGAGCACCUCUCGAGGGCGGCGCUCGACGGCUCCAAGGUGCUGGACGGUGGGUCCUAUUCCUUGGUCGUCGGAGACGAAGAACAUCCGAUAAAGCUCCACCCUUGGUAG